UUCAUUAUCAAUGCCAAAAGAUUCUCGCAGUGGCAGAGUGGACACACAAGGACACACAUCACCACUGAUGGAAUCUAAGAGCAUGGAACGAGCAGGGACGGCCAACGGGACUUACACUGUUAAUGACAUACAUCCCUGCUAUGAAAUAGAUAAUGCAACAUACAUAUUUACAAGCAAUCCUUCCAUUAUAUGUGUAUUAUUGUAUGUUUUCCUUGGCUCAUUGUCUGUUGUCACAAUAGGUGGAAACCUUCUUGUAAUAAUCUCCAUCAUUUAUUUUAAACAGCUCCACAUCCCUACUAACUACCUCAUCCUGUCUCUGGCUGUGGCUGACCUGCUUGUAGGAGUUGUAGUUUUUCCUUUUAGUAUGGCAUUCUCUGUAACCUCAUGUUGGUAUUAUGAAGGCUUAUUUUGUAAAGUACGAAGAAGCUUUGAUGUUACACUGAGCACAGCUUCUAUUUUGAACUUAUGUUGUAUUUCUAUUGACAGAUAUUAUGCAAUAUGUCAGCCUCUCACUUAUAGAAGUAAAAUAAAUGAUCGUGUCACUGGGAUUAUGAUCCUGGUGAGCUGGGCAGUUGCUGCUCUAAUUGGAAUUCGCAUUAUAAUUAUUGGAUUUACUCAAGGAGAAUGUGAAGAAAAUUGUUCAAAUAAUGCUGUAAUAUCAACCACUCUGGCAUGUAUGUUCUCCUUUUAUAUACCAGUCAUUAUAAUGCUUAGUAUCUACCUAAAAAUCUUUCUUGUUGCACAAAGACAGGCAAACAGCAUUCAGAACACAACCUGUCAGAGCACAAAGUCUGGAGGAACUGUCAGUAAGAUGGAGAGAAAGGCCACUAAAACUCUGGCUAUAGUUUUGGGAGUGUUUCUCUUAUGUUGGACUCCUUUCUUUCUUUGUAUCAUCUUUCAGCCUUUAAUAUCUGAUGUAACACCAAUUGCCGUGAUUGAAACACUUAACUGGCUUACACUGUCAAAUUCCAUGCUCAAUCCAUUUAUUUAUGCUUUCUUUUACAGCUGGUUCAGGUCAGCAUUUAGAAUUAUCAUGUCUGGAAAGAUAUUUCUAGGUGAUUUUGCUAACUCAAAACUCCUUUGACGUGAUUUGAUCAUUACUGUUUAAUUGGAGAAUAAUGAUUAAGGCCGAAACAAUGAAGAUUGAAAUUUCACUACUAUUAUACUGUUCACUACCUGAGCUAAAUGUAAUGUAUAUAUACUAGUAUUUCUUAGUCAACAAUACUUAACAAUACUUAAUUUCAAAACAAUAGAUAUAGAUCAGAUUAGAAUCUAAAGUACCUGCAUCAAAGACAGUACUUAAAUAUGGACUGACAGGUAAUUAAGUAACAGAUGUCAUUAUAUCACUAAUAUGGUUUUGAUAUUGAUUGCUGUAUCAUUUCACCUCUUUCUGCUGUCUGUGUAGUAUGUUCUACAUGGCCAAAAUCCAUAAUUGCUGCAACACUGUACUCUAAAGUACAUUUAGCCCCCUGUACUGUACAAUGAAUCUAAACAGUGAACACAAUAA